UCAGGAUCAGAGAUGAGGUCAAUGGAUCAAGUCCUCUCCAUUCAUCCUAAUCAGCAGAAUAAUGGAGGAUAUGAAGCUCAGCUGGGCGGACAGAGCCCAGAGGACCAGACGCACGGGUGGCGGCGACACGCUAUUUGGCUGUGGGUCUGUGGCACAGAUGGAGUUAAGCGGUUUUGCCAAAGCCCAGUUUCUAAGCGUUAAUAUGGCAUUUGGCUUUGCGGUCACUGCUGGCGCCUAUGUCUGUGCUGGAGUCUCAGGUGCCCACCUGAACCCAGCUGUGUCCCUCUCCAUGUUCCUCCUCCAGAAGAUGACGGGGAGGCUGAUGCUUGUCUACUGUUUGGCACAAUUCCUUGGCUCUUUUAUUGGCGCUGUGCUGGUGUUUGCGCUGUAUUUUGACGCCCUUCAUGUGUACAGUGGGGGCAACUGGACGGUAUAUGGACCACAGGCCACCGCUGGGAUAUUUGCCUCCUAUCCCUCAGAACAUCUGAGUGCGAUUAAUGGAUUCACAGAUCAGGUGAUUGCCACCGCUGCCCUGAUGAUCUGCAUUCUGGCCAUCAUCGAUGAGGACAACAACGCAGCCCCCCGGGGUCUUCAGCCAUUUAUCAUUGGACUAGUAGUUCUACUAGUUGGCCUUUCUAUGGGAUUUAACUGUGGAUACCCCAUUAAUCCAGCCCGGGACCUGGCACCUCGAAUCUUCACAGCGUUAGCCGGCUGGGGCCUAGAAGUCUUCAGGGCUGGUGACCAUUGGUGGUGGGUGCCGGUCCUGGGCCCCAUGAUUGGAGCAGUUAUUGGGACUAUCCUUUAUGAGCUGCUCAUUGGGAUCCAUCAUCCGUCUGCCCAGCAGAAGGAAGAACAUGAAGAUGAUGAAGAGCAUCACCCCCCUGAGUAUGAGUUGGUUCACUCAACAGCAUAGGCUGUAGGAGAUCAGCAGGGUUCUUGUUUUACUACAGAGGGAGCUGUCGUGUUGUCUUCGCUACCCUCUAUUUUGUACUAGAGGUGUGUGGUGUUGCUGUUGUUUCUCCUGUAUAUAAACUGAAACUUAGAAUUUUUAUACAUAGAAUUUUUACUGUGAAAUCCUGUUCAAGUUGACAAAAAAUGUCAAUUGAGUUAAAAACAUUUUUGCCUUCAGGAAAUGAAUUAGAUUUUUGUACAGUGUAUUUUGUUGUUUUUCAUUAAAGGUAACA